CUCAUAUUGUAAACAUCACAGUGUCAGUGCUCCGUAGAAAUAAUUUCACUAUACAGUAUAAAACCACAAUUUUCUCAAUAAUAUAACACUCAAACCAAGAACUAAGUGCGACUGAGUGACUUCGAUAAUAAACAUCGCAUUAACCGCUGGAUCUGCACAGAAGAUUGGAAUAAAAACAUUGGCAAAGCAUUGAGGUUAGAAUUAAUUAAAUCCAUAGACAAUCAAACGAAUCCUAGAAAACUGUCACAUUUGACAACUGACACAUUCCUGUCAAAACUACAUCGUUUGACAGCGUCACUUCAGUGUUGCCAACAACUAAAAAUAAUCAAAUACGUUCCAUUACACGCUAAACUAUGGAAGAACAAUUUCAACUUCUAUUCGACAAGAUGAAAAUAGAAAUGCAAAAUCAAACGAUUGAACUAACCAACACAAUACUUGAUAAAAUGGAUGAAAAAUUAAAACCCAUUUUAGAAGAAAACCAAAUAUUGAAAGAAAAAGUAGAAAAUCUAGAAAAUAAAGUAGAACUCCUAGAGAGAGAAAAGAAGAGUAAUAAUAUAAUUAUUCAUGGAUUAGCAGAAAAGGAACAGACGACCUUGGAUUUAAUCAAAUGCAUUAAAAAGUGUUUUCUGGAUGAACUCGGCAUAACCAUAGAAAAUUAUGAAAUAAAUAAAAUCUACCGCAUUGGCUCAAGAAAUAAAAAUGAGAAACCGAGGCCUACGCUCCUUUCAUUGGUUAGUGGUUGGAAGAAAACCGAAAUAAUGAGGAACAAAAAGAAACUAAAAGAGUUAUAUUUAACAGAAGAUUACUCAAAGAAAACUUUAGAAAUUAGGAAGUCAUUGCAAUCCAAACUAACGGAAGAAAGGCAAAAAGGAAACCUGGCGUACAUUAAAUAUGAUAAACUUAUUGUAAAGGAAAAUCCUAGGACCAUAGAAAAAAGAAAGAGAGAUAAAUCCACCUCGCCACAAGUCGAAUUACAACCAAGGAAACAACAAACACUAAAAUCGUCUAAAAAUAACAGAAUAAAUGCAUUUGACGUGAUGAGAGGCCGAUCUAACUCACUUUCAACAAUACCAACAACGAAACAGUAGCAAUUAGAAACCGGGGACCGGAAACAAAAACAACAC